CAAUAAUUGUUUGGACGCCAUGUUUAAAGUUUAUUAACUUUGCAUUGUUUGUUUUUGUUUAGUGGAACAUUUGAAGUAAUGAAACAAUCGUUUUUAAAUGAAAAUGGAGUCUACAUUAUCCGUUUAUAUUAUUAGGAAUCAGAUAAAUGGAUUAUGUAUACUAUAGAUGCAAAGCUGAAGACUGAACACAUUUCAACAGACAAUGGCAGAAAGCCAGGAACUCUCUUCCAUACCAGAACACCUUGACCUUUCAACGGAAAGCGAAAUGCUCGAAAUGGAAUCAUUAUAUAGGAUUACGCAAAAUGCAGAUGCGGUUCUGAAACAUGUUGAUGCUGAGCUCAACGUAAGAAAACAGAAAUGGGCAUCGGAAUUGGAAGACAGUCAUCAAGCAAAAAUAGGAUCGAAGACGGUCAUAAUGGACUGUAGCAGUGUUGUGAUUGGUCACUCAAACAUUAUCGUUCAAAACCAAGACAACUCAAGUGAGAAGAGAGAAAGACAUGUCGAUGAUAUGACGAAGAAACUAGCUGGUCUUCAAAUUGUUUCAACUAUUCUAGAAAGAGGUAAUGGCACACUAGGGUUUUCAGAACUCGAAGAGGAGGUGGGAAAAGAACUAAAAAUGCUAGGUUUAGAGUACUUUUCAAAAGUUAGCGGUUGGACUUUGCUAGACUUCUUGACUUUAGAAAAAGACAGAUACAAAUUACACAGGAACAAAAAGAAACGAAUCAAUGCGGUAACGCUUAGGGAGAUUUAUAGAAAGGUUCCAACAUCAAAGAUGCAAUCUCGUUCGUUAGAAAAGCCGUCGUUUUCCGAAUACGAAAGCACACACAAAACGGAGUCCGCUAAUAACUCCGCGUCACGAAAUACCACUGAAUAUAUGAAAUCUCUAGAUGAUAAGGAAGAGUGGACCGUGGUAAAUACACAGCGAUCUGGAAAACGUUCAGCAAAACCAGUUUCAGAGAAGAGAAAUCCAGAUGUUACAAACGAUGAAGCUGAUCUGUUUGAUUCGACGUUUCUCCAACUCCCUUUUGAAGAUUUCGACCCAGAAUUAUUCAAAACAUUGAUUUCUAGAGGUGAAGAUGAAAGAACUAUAUACGUCGAGUCACUUAACACAUACGAAACCGAUCCUUUGACAUUCUGUGUUGAUAUAGUAAGUUUGUGGAAUACGCCUGUAGAUGGACUUUCAUAUAUUGUUGUUGGUAUUGAUACAGACUCUAAGCCUCACGGGGUAAAAAGGUGCAUUGACAAAGACUUCUUCAAACGGCUUUUCCAUCCUGAGUAUUUUACAACGAUGCCUUCGUUCACAACGAAGAAAAUACUGUACAACUCAAAAUCGUAUUACAUAGUUUCAAUAAAUGACAGCAAAGGUUUGGACAGCCCAUGUGUUAUCAAACUGCCUCUAGAAACCAAACGUAUUGCUUUAAACAAAAAUGAAAUUGUAACUAGACAGCUUAAACAUCCUGUGGCUUUAGAGGCAUCUUCAAAAGAAUUUCAUACUAUUUUCCAAUGGUUCUCACGAACAAUUAAGCAAGAAAUUACUUGUCACAAAAAUGAGAACAAAGAAGAGGUUCUUGUAGAAGAUAAAGAAGAAGAAAACGAAGAGGAAUUGUCUAACUUUUGGAAAGAAGUAAGUGGGUUCAAAAAAGGCAGUUUUCUUCUCUUAACCGGUGAUGUACAAGACUCGCGACAUACACACGCCCUUGGACUUCUUCCAUGGAUAGCGGUGUAUGAUUUCGAUACCAACAGUCCCGAGACCGGGCUAUUUAAUAAAUGUGAAGUAUCGUUAGGAAACAGAAGAUGUCUAAAGGUUUUAAGUUGGAAUGACGAUAUCAAUGAUCCUUUAACAGAAUAUAGUACCAGGUGGUGUUUCCUCAGGGGACGGAAGGAAAUAAAAGAAUCGAGAACAGAUCUGGAAAAAGAUGAAACCGAAGAAAGCAACGCCUGGUUCAAGAAGGUGAAAGAGACAAUCAAGACAAACGCCAAAAAUCUGGACACGUUUUUGGAGUACCGAACAUUAACAGUUAUCAUCCUUUGGCCGGAAAAUGAGAAAUUUGUGCAGUUUAUGAACAAAUUCUUAACCUGUCUCCAGUAUGAGCUGACAGACUCCCCAAAAGUGUUACUUGUGAAAGAUCGAAACGUUCCUAAAACAGAUGAAGGACUGACUCCAUUGAAAGCUAUGGCAAAUGACUUCGGUGACAAUUUCCAUUCGUUUGAUAUACCGUUUGGAGAAUUUUGUGCUCAAAUUGCGAGAAUGAUGAAAACCUAUGGACCAGAAAACGGGUUUACCUUAGAACUACCAUGUGCACCUGACACUAGACAAGUGAACACCAGAGUUGCAAUUCAAGAAGAAAAAGCAGCUUGGUUAGCUGAAAACCUUGAAGUACUUUACCUUAACGCUCCAUUUGGAAGUAACAUUCCGGAUGACAAAAAGCUUUCCGAGGAGCUAACGCUGUUUCGCAAGGGUGGAACAAUUAACUGGUCUACAAUGUACAAUGUAAACUUCGAGAAAGCUGUAAUAGAAAGGGACGCCCAAAGCCAACUGAAGAGACAAGUCCAAAAACGUCUUCAAGAGUUCAAAUUGUCCGAUGUGAGACUAUUUCAUUCACCAGGUGCCGGUGGAACAACGUUGGCCAGGGAUGUAGUGUGGAGAAUGCAUUUUCAUUAUCCAUGCGCCCAGUUGAAAAGCAGAAUGGUUUUAAAUGAUGAUGACACUCUUGAAAAGCGAGUUCAAUACAUUCACGAUCAAACAGGUUUGCCACUUUUGCUUUUAGUGGACUCGGACGGUGGGCCUGAGGACUUUUAUCUGAAGAAAAGAUUAAGCAACACAAUCACUUUAUACGUUAGACGGUAUUCACAUGAACCUGGUAAAACAUGCGAUGGGCUAGUAUUUCUACCAAAUAAAGUGUCAGAAAGCGAGGCAACACAGCUAGUCCAAAGUCUUUCUCCUUGUUGUGACACAGAAAAGCAAAGAAGGCAAUUGCAACGUUAUCAACAAAAGGCCCGAGAGGGAAGAGCCCAUUUGUACGACUUUGGUCUGACUGUCUACAUGCAUGAAUAUCGUGGAGUUGUAAGCUACGUCAGAAAUUGCUUGCAACUAAAUGGGAAAUCUAUUAUUGAGCUCAAACCUGAUCAAAAGUGCUUGGCAUUUCUGUCGCUUGUCCUGUACUACGGCCAUACUGGUAUCCCCUGCCAGUUUUUCGCUCCACUGAUCGGUUUUCCUCCAAAUACUGCUUUGGAUCUUGGCGACUUCCCUUCGAAUGUUUUAGAAUUUGCGGUUGGCGAUAAAAACGCUUAUCGAAAAGAUAAUAUUCGGAUAUGCCACAGCAUCAUUGCCAAGGAAAUAUUGGAGCAAACACUGACAUCAGUAAUGAAGGAGAACGCAGAGGAGAGAAAUGAGAUGAUAAGCGAUGCUGCCUGCGAAAAGCUUUUUGAUUUAUGUACAGAGUUUAUCAAGUAUACCGGUAAAAGAAACAGCACCCUCAGCAGCUGCGUGCGAGAUAUCUUGACGAAAACAUUUAUUGUAAGAGCACGAAGCUUCAAAACAGAUGGCGAAAGAACAAAGAAAAGAACAAAAUUGUCUCGACUUUUAGAAGACAUUCCACCUAGGCCACCGCUGUUUACUCAAAGAAUGGAAUUGCUGAACACUCUGAAGAAAACGUUUCCGAAAAGUCCGAGUUUUCACGCUCAUCUUGGUCGCUUUUACGCGUACAGUAGGCUCGAUGGGGAACAGCAAGCCGAGAAACUCUUUCGCGAAGCAGUGCGCUUGUGCGAAGAACAAAAACAAACCUGUAUAUCAACAACACCACUGGACAGAGACCGAGCAUUUCUAGAAGCAGCCCAUGUAUACCACAUGUUUGGUGUCAUGAAGAAAAGUUCGGCUUCCAAAAAGACCUUCAGUGUAAAUCUUGCUAAACUAAACAAAGUUAUUCGGUGUGCAAAUGAAGCAAGCGACUAUUUCCAUAAGAGUAGGAUAAACACCCCUCCAACGCAUGAAAUUUACAUAUAUGCUUUCACCGAAGACAUAGAGAUACGUCUUCAAGUUUGCGAAGCAAUUCGAAAUGUAAUGGGGGAAAACUGGGCAAGCAAAGUCAGAAAAAAUUUGAUAUUAAAAUGUUUGCUAGAAACAAAUAUGGUGACCAUAAGAAGGCUUGUUCACGAAUGCUUUCUUAAUCAAUGGAUGAAAGAAGAAGAUGUGAAAUCACUGAUGAUGAUGAUCGGAAGAUACAACGCCAUAUUUUGUCAUUUUAUUGAUGCAAUGGACUUUUCCGGUCGAGUUUCUCCCGCGACAAUGUCACUCUGUGAUCGGAGGCUGAAAAUAGCGGCAAUGACUGUAAAAAAUGGAAAACGCGACAUCUUUGACUAUUUGGAUGCAGAAACCGACAGCAGCAAAAUUGAUGAGCUUGUUGAUAUGUACGAGCACAACUUCAGCGAAAUGUUCAGACCUGGUUUGAAAGAAGAAGAGAAAAUGGAACUUGAAAAUGAAAUGAUUGCAUGGUUGCAAACAAUACGGCACACGAAAUUUACAAGACAUUAUUCGAUAGAAGAGGUCCUUCUUCAAGUACAAAAAUGGGAAAAGUAUUUAAAGACCGCCACGGCUUUGUAUUACACAUUCAUAUGUAAUGCUCUCCUUGGCCUUGGUUAUGAUGGGAUUUCACCAAACAAAGAAUUCUUAGAAAUUGCAGAUGAAGUAUGCUGUAAUUUACGAAAAAAGCACGCAACGGUGAUCAAGUCAUCAAUACCUCGUGAAUGGCUGGGGAAAAUAAACCAAGGCUUCAAAAGGUUAGUUUCGGCUGACCCGAGAAUGGGACUCCCCGCAGACACUGUCUUUCAAAUGUCAACCGAUCUUGCUCUUUGUGUUGGUGUCAUUGCAAAGCCGAAAACAGCAAGUGAAACGACCACAAAUGCAGUGAUUAUUUAUCCUGUCCGCACAAAGCGUGGGCAAUAUGAUAUACACGUCAGAUUUGAACCCAAAGCUGCAAAACUUCAGGUUAGUACAUGUUGUGAAAGGAAAGUUGAAUUUAAUUUGGCUUUCACGAUCAAGAAUGGAUACGAGGCUUUUAACGUCAAACUUCUUAAGAGGUAUGCAUGCCUCGGAUGUGGAACGUGGAUUAGUUUCACAAGCGAAGAAAGAUGUCGCCCUUGCUACAACUGCAACAUUGAUGUGUUCAAAUUUGAUUUGAACAAGCAAAGAUAGACUAAGACAUGAUCUGUAAGGCUGUGGAAUAGAUGGAAUAAGAAAUAUGAGCAAAUAUUUUAAAAGCCUUCACAAUUAAUGUAGCACGCAUACAAGAAAGUAAUUGUGCUGCACAAAAUAAGAUACUUAAACAUCUGUAUUUUAUGAAAUUAUGGAGUGAUUGCAUGCAUUCAAAUUAAUUUAACAUGUUAUGCAGUUGCCUUAAGUAGCCAUAUUUUACUGGUAUUUGUUUCAAUAAAAUAUGGCAAUAUAUAUGUAUUCAACUACUGAACAUCAAGAGUAAAUAUGUAACUAGUGGCAACGCCAAUCAUGAAAUGUAGUUUUUGAUGCUCACUUUGUGAAAUACUUUGCUAUCGUACUCUGAAACAACCAGUUAUUAUCUAUACUGGUAUAGUCAAGAAAAUGGUGUUAUCAUGUUAUUAUAGAUGCUUCCAUUGUAAUAAAACUAUUGUUUUAUAGUACGUGUACAUAAAAAUAAAAAGACUGUGAUGUUA